AUGAAUACACUCAUCGACCUCGAGAAUAUCAGCAGCGUUGACCGAGAUAUCAUCGACGCAAUCCUGCAGAAUCCUCAACUUUUUGAGACUCAAAUUCGACAGCGAUGGACUAGGCUACAAGAGAGACGGCUAAGAGAUGAGCUUGCGAUAAGGGACGGACAAGGCGAGGAAUUCGAAUGGUUUGAAGGCGAGAUGCUUUCACCUGAAUGGAGGGCGCUUCUUAAUCGUGAAGACUUGCAGCUCCAGCAUCUUGCUGAGCUCGUCAUGGAAGACCAGGAUCAAGCUAACGAUGCCGCCGCCGCAGACGACCGAGCUGCUCCCGCCGAAAACAACGCCGCAGAAGACCACCCCGCUCCAGCCGAAAACGAAGAAGAAGCCGCCGCCCGAAUGGAGCCGGAGCAAGAAGCCGCCUUUCCAAUGGAAGACCCCGCCGAAGAAAACAACGCGCCGAUGAUUGAGCCACUUACUGGUCCCUUCCAUGUCGUCAACGGGGCUGCAGAACUCCACGAUCAGGCGCGCUACGAGGCCGAAGACCCCGAGUCAAGAGUGUACUACUCACACAGAGUCAGGCUUGAGCCAGGCGAAGCUCAACUCGUCGGUAGUGCCUUUGACAAUGGGGCAGUGCGUGUGGAGACCAUGCGCUUUCCGCCAGAGGGAAUUUCAGUUCAGCUGCCAGCUACAAUCAACGGCCGUGAGGUCUCGGCGGCUCUGACCCGCGUCAAUGGCGUAAGGGUUGUUGUGAUCAACGGCAUCGUCCUUUGGGCCACUCCGAACACUGACGAUUUCAGUUGCCAAAUUUUUAUGGACAAGGAUGAGCGAGCCUUCAGAUACUACGAUUACCAUAACCGCAUCAAUUUCGACCUCAUCUAA